UUGCUGUUAUAAACAAUGCAGCUUUUUUUUUUUUUAACUAAAGUGAUAGGUUUUAUCUUUUUUUGUAGAUGUGGAAAACCAUAUUCUGAGUCAUGUCUGAUAAACAAGGAAUACUCUGAAGAUAGUAACUCCGAACCAAAUGUGGAUUUGGAAAAUCAGUACUAUAAUUCCAAAGCGCUAAAAGAAGAUGACCCAAAAGCAGCAUUAAGCAGUUUUCAAAAGGUUUUGGAACUUGAAGGUGAAAAGGGAGAAUGGGGAUUUAAAGCACUGAAGCAAAUGAUUAAGAUUAACUUCAAGUUGACAAACUUUCCAGAAAUGAUGAAUAGAUAUAAGCAACUAUUGACCUAUAUUCGGAGUGCAGUCACAAGAAAUUAUUCUGAAAAAUCCAUUAAUUCUAUUCUUGAUUAUAUCUCCACUUCUAAACAGAAUUCUGAUUUUUUAUGUCAGAUGGAUUUACUGCAGGAAUUCUAUGAAACAACACUGGAAGCUUUGAAAGAUGCUAAGAAUGAUAGACUGUGGUUUAAGACAAACACAAAGCUUGGGAAAUUAUAUUUAGAACGAGAAGAAUAUGGAAAGCUUCAAAAAAUUUUACGCCAGUUACAUCAGUCUUGCCAGACUGAUGAUGGAGAGGAUGACCUGAAAAAAGGUACACAGUUAUUAGAAAUAUACGCUUUGGAAAUUCAAAUGUACACGGCACAGAAGAAUAACAAAAAACUUAAAGCUCUCUAUGAGCAGUCACUUCACAUCAAGUCCGCCAUCCCUCAUCCACUGAUCAUGGGAGUCAUCAGAGAAUGUGGUGGUAAAAUGCACUUGAGAGAAGGUGAAUUUGAAAAGGCACACACUGAUUUUUUUGAAGCCUUCAAGAAUUAUGACGAAUCGGGAAGUCCAAGACGAACCACUUGCUUAAAAUAUUUGGUGUUAGCAAAUAUGCUAAUGAAAUCGGGAAUAAAUCCAUUUGACUCACAGGAGGCCAAACCAUACAAAAAUGACCCAGAAAUCCUAGCAAUGACGAAUUUAGUAAGUGCCUAUCAGAAUAAUGACAUCACUGAAUUUGAAAAGAUUCUGAAAACAAAUCACAGCAACAUCAUGGAUGAUCCUUUCAUUAGGGAACACAUUGAAGAGCUUUUGCGAAACAUCAGAACACAAGUGCUCAUAAAAUUAAUUAAGCCUUACACAAGAAUACAUAUUCCUUUUAUUUCUAAGGAGUUAAACAUAGAUGUAGCUGAUGUGGAGAGCUUGCUGGUGCAGUGCAUAUUGGAUAACACUAUUCAUGGCCGAAUUGAUCAAGUCAACCAACUCCUUGAAUUGGAUCAUCAGAAGAGGGGUGGUGCCCGAUAUACUGCACUAGAUAAAUGGACCAACCAACUAAAUUCUCUCAACCAGGCUGUAGUCAGUAAACUGGCUUAACAGAGAACAAGCUUUCACAGACGUACUUAAUGCAACAGUGCAGAGAUGUAAUCCUUAAAAGAACUGGGAAUGGCAAAACUACUGUCGGUUGAUGUGUCCUGAAAAUUAUUGGAGUUAUGGCAGAAGUGCUUUUUUUGAUCAACUGGUUUGUGUUUUGCUGCUGCAUUUAUCCCAAGAAAAACAGCUUUAAUCUCCAGAAGAAAACCAAAAUGCCAUGGGAUUUAUGCUGUAUUGACAUCUUGCCCUAAAUAUACAACAUCAUAGUAAUUUGUCAUGGGCAACAUGACCAGAGAGAAGAUUUUUGUCAUGAUUUUAAAUACACUGACAUGUUACUGUUGGUUAAAUUUAAACAUGUUUUACCUGCAGAAAUUCUCUCACAAAUAACCUGCAAUAACUUGAAAUGCAUACCCUUUUGAACACUUCCUUUUCUCAUGUAUAAAUUAAAAUGUUUGCUGCAUUUUGCAAAAUGUCAAUUCUCCAAAAAUGUGUCCGUAUAUUUCUGUACCUGCAGUGUAGUAAAGGUUUAGAUGAAACCCCAUAAUUAUAGUGGCAUACUGUCACUUAGGUUUCAAGCAGCAAAAUAAACAGUGCAGCUCAGAAAUUGUAGUUUGGUUCUUGAUGUGUUUUUAUUACAUUUGGGGUUUUUGUUUUGUUUUUUAGUACCUUAGAAAUUUCAAAUUAUUUUAUCUUCAGUUAAUGAUUUUAAAAAGCCUGGGAGCAAAUAAGUUGGUUAUUUGCUUUCAGGUUUUUUAAAGUAGUCUUUAUUGAUAAAGUAAGAAGAACUAGUUUCUAACAAAAAACUUGCAUAGUACUUACUUUGACAGUGAUGCUUUAAAGGAAUAAAAUUCUUUUUUUUUUUUUUUGUAGGAAUGAUAUUCCUUUUUAAAAAUAAGUUCUAACUCUCAGAAUGUUCACUUUAAACAAAUAUGCCAGAACAUAGACAGCUAAAUGAAUGUUACCCUCUAUAGUGAUCAUGCUGGAAAAUUAUUUCCUAAUUCCAGCAAGCUACCAUUGCUCAAAACCUUUUGGGUUUUGCUCUUUUAGAAUUGUAUUCAGAGCUAAUUUAAGUCAUACACACUAUUAAGUUUAUGACUCACAUUAAGAAAACAAAAAGUAUUAUCAGGCUUGAUUUUUUUUUUUUUAUGGUUACCAUCACUUAGCACCAAAUGACUUUGGACAGUUUCCAAAAAUUAAUCUAUCUUUGAGGUAAUAGUAGAAAGGAUGCAGCUAGCUUUGAAGGCAAUCCCAAAAGAGUUUGAAAGGUAUUUUGAGCAGUGGUAGCAUAAGUAGGAUAAUGAACUAUGGCCUUCCAAGGUGACCACCUAAAAGGAAGCAUAGCUCAUUUGAAUGUAUUGAGUUUUGGAUGUAUUUGUUUCAUUUAAAAAAAAAAUCACAUUAUUUUAUAGUGUCAAAAGGAAGAACUAAGAUUAAGAUAAUUUUUGGUUUUUCUAUUGCUUGUCAUUAUGUAAAAAGAAGUGAGUGGCAGUUCAGAAGGAAGACUGUUGUAACUGAAGAAUGACAACCAAGAAUUUUUGAUCAUUAAAUCAGAUUUUAUAAACAGUGGAAGGAGCAUGGACUUAAAACAAGGCAUGCUUAUUCGGUUUUGUCAAAAUUUUACGAAAAUAUGUGAUAUAUAUUUAUACUAAAACUAUAUAAUCCUUAGAUUUAGGAAAGCAAUCAGUUAAUGUCUUUAGCAGAUUAAAGCAGUAUUAAAUACAGGUGCAACUUGGAAAUUGUAGAAAACUGAAAGAAAACGGAAGACAAAAUGUCUCUGGUAGGGAAUAAAAAAGUUUAAGAUAUUAUAAAA